AUGAAGAACUUCAAUCAACAACUGCGUUCAAGGGCCUCAUCCAUGCUCAUCAAUAGCCAAAUGCACCUCCCUCACUUCUUCUCCUAUCUCCUUUUCUUCGGCUGCGGUUUAGCCCUUGGCAUAACUCUUUGUUCCUAUCUCACACACAUUUCUUUAAACUUUCAUCUCAACCGAUUCUCCAUCCAAAGCCCGACUUCUCUAUCCAAAUCCUCUUCAUCAUUUUCACUGAUCUCGCCUCCCCCGCCGCCGCUUUUACCUUUGGAACUGUUCCUGAAUCAAAAGAUUAAUCAAACCGGUUAUGAAGAGCUAAUAUUCAAACCAUCGCCAAAUGUCUCCCACGGUAUGGAAGAAGAAGAGCUGUUGUGGAGAGCAUCAAUGGUUCCUAAUAUUGGAGAUUUGCCAUUGAAGAUUAAUCGAAAAGUUGCGUUCUUGUUUUUGACACAAGGGCCUUUGCCUUUGUCUCCUCUGUGGGAUUUGUUCUUUAAAGGUCAUGAAGGGUUUUACUCAAUUUACGUGCAUUCUAAUCCAUUUUUCAAAGGAACAGUGCCCUCCAAUUCUGUGUUUUAUGGCAGGGGGAUCCCAAGCAAGGUGGUGCAAUGGGGAGCGUUCACAGUAGUAGAGGCAGAGCGUCUCCUAUUAGCAAAUGCAUUGCUGGACUUUUACAACCAACGCUUUGUUCUCCUCUCAGAUUCAUGCAUUCCUCUGUUCAACUUCUCCACAAUCUACCAUUACUUAAUGGGCUCAUCAAAAUCUUUCAUAGAGGUACUUGACCUGCCCGGCUUUGACGGCCGUCGCCGAUAUAACCCAGGAAUGAGUCCCACAAUUCAGCUUGAUCAAUGGCGAAAGGGCUCCCAGUGGUUCCAGAUAGACCGCAGGCUUGCCCAUGAGGUAAUCUCAAACCAAAAGUAUUUCUCGAUAUUUCAAAGAUUUUGCAAUGACUUGUGCUUCGGUGAUGAGCACUACUUGCCAACUUUGGUUACCAUAAAGUUUUGGAAGAUUUCAAACAGGACAUUGACAUGGGUUAACUGGUCAAGGGGAGGAGCCCAUCCGUUCACGUUUGGGAGGAUGGAAACCACUAGGGAAAACUUGGAGUGGCUGAAGAAUAAUGGGAAUAAGGGAUGUGAAUACAAUGGGAGGAGGAUUCAUAUUUGCUACUUGUUUGCAAGAAAGUUUAUGCCUAAUGCUUUGGAUAGGUUGCUGAGAUUAGCUCCUCAUGUGAUGCAAUUUUAGUUUAGUUUAUUAAUAGAUCCAUCAUUUUUUGA